UUUGCUGGUCUAGGAUUUCGGCUUUGCUAGUUCUUUGCCUGUGAAACGGCGACGUUCCGCAAUAAUUAAUAGACCAGGGUGAAAGUCGGCAUUUUACAACAAUACGAACGAAAUUCAAAACAAAGCAAUGCGAAAAACGAUCCUUGCCUCCCCAAUCCCAUGCCCACCAGCCUCUCGCUCCCCAGUCUCUUGAAGUCUUGCAAGACAAAACUCCAACUCUAUCAACUCCACGCCCACAUCAUCCGCGAAGGCCUUGAGCAAGACCACUAUCUAGUCGCCAAACUCCUCUACCUCUCAUCGUCCCUUUCCUAUUCGGCCUCCAUCUUCGACCGCGUUUGCAGUCCCUCUACGGUAGUCUAUAACACCCUUAUCAAAUCUUACUCCUGUGGUUCCUAUUUUUUCCGAACCUUUUCACUCUUUAUUCUCAUGAAGCGGUCCGAGAACGCCCGGCCUGAUAAGUACUCGUACCCAUCGGUGUUGAAGGCAUGUGCAGGGGAGUUUAGGGUGAAGGAGGGCAUGGCGCUUCAUGGGUCUGCAGUAAGGUGCGGGGUGAAUGAGAAUGUGUUCGUGGGGUCGAGCUUGGUGGAUUUUUAUGGAAAGUGUAAGGAGAUAUCUUCCACGCGCAAGGUGUUUGAUGAGAUGCCUGAGAGGAAUGUGGUGUCGUGGACUUCAAUGGUUGUCGCAUAUGUGGCUGUAGGAGAUUUGGCUGAAGCGAGGAGGGUGUUUGAUGAAAUGCCAGUUAAAAAUUUGACAACAUGGAAUGCGAUGAUUGGUGGGUUGGUGAGAGCUGGGGAUUUGGUGAGGGCGAGAAAAGUCUUUGAUGAAAUGUCCGAAAAGAAUGUGGUUUCUUUCACGACGAUGAUAGAUGGGCAUGCUAAGGCGGGUGAUAUGGUUUCAGCUAGAGUUUUGUUUGAGCAGGCUCCGGAGAGAGAUAUUGUGGCAUGGUCGGCUUUGAUUUCUGGGUAUGUUCAAAAUGAUCAGCCCAAUGACGCUAUCAAGAUUUUUCUUGAGAUGUGUUCAAGGAAUGUUAAGCCUGAUGAGUUUAUAAUGGUGAGUUUGAUGUCAGCUUGUUCUCGAUUAGGUAAUUUGGAAUUGGCUAAUUGGGUUGAUGACCUUUUGAGCCAGAGUUCACUUGAUCUUGGCCGGGUGCACGUUAAGGCAGCUAUGAUUGACAUGAAUGCAAAGUGUGGAAAGAUGGGUAGAGCGAAAGAAGUGUUUGAAGAGAUGCCUAAACGUGAUUUAAUUUCAUAUUGUUCCAUGAUUCAAGGAUUGUCAAUACAUGGCCGUGGGGCUGAGGCUGUUAAGCUCUUCGGUAGGAUGCUAAGUGAAGGGCUGGAGCCAGAUGAGAUAGCAUUCACUGUCAUUUUAACAGCCUGUAGUCAUGCAGGGUUAGUUGAAGAGGGAUGGUACUAUUUUGAAACCAUGACAAAUGUUUAUGGUAUAGUUCCAUGUCCUGAUCAUUAUGCGUGCAUGGUUGAUCUUCUUAGCCGGUCAGGGCGUCCAAAUGAAGCAUAUGAACUCAUAAAGUCAAUGCCCAUGGAGCCUCACGCUGGAUCAUGGGGUGCACUUCUCUGGGCCUGUAAAUUGCAUGGUGACAUUGAGUUAGGAAAGGUGGUUGCUAAUCGUCUUUUUGAGCUUGAGCCUCAAAAUGCUGCUACUUAUGUUCUUUUGUCUAACAUAUAUGCUGCUGCGGAGCAGUGGAAAGAUGCUUCCAUUGUGAGGAACAAAAUGAAGGAAAUGGGGGUUAGAAAAAUGCCUGCCCGUAGUUGGGUUAGUUCCCAAGAGUCUAAGACUGAGUUCCAGAUACCGUCUUUUACUUGUACAAGUGAAGUGAAGUUGACAACUUCUAAAAUCUGCACAUCGGCUUUAUCAUUUUGAAGGUCCCAUUUUUUGGAAGUUAAUUUAGCCUAAUGGCAUUUUGGUUUGCUAUAGCUAGAUGAUAUGGACUUAAACCAGUGCUUUACAGUUCGAUAGUUCCCACACUGGACUUCUUUCCAUUGGAAGAUUCGACAAAGGAGGUGAAAAUUGCGAUGCAGUUCAGUGUUGUUUCUUAAGGUUCUCAAUGCACUUAAAAGAACAGGCAUCUUGUCAAACCUUGUCAAGGUCAAGAAAUUAGGUUCAUUAGUUUGAUUAAUAUUGCGCAGUUGAUAAUUUUUGGUUGUCAUAGGCUGUACUAUUAACUUAGAUGCUACCUGUAUAUCCACAAUUUUUGUAUCGGAUGAUAAAUUUAUUUGUCGAAAUCAUGUUCUUGUCAGAAGAUCAGAAACCAUGUGUUUCUUCUCAGGAUGUAUUCAAUACCUUGCAUCCAAGAUCAGCGAGAUCUGGUGAGAGGGGGGAAUGGAGGGACUUCAUCUCUACUUCUUGGUCCGGCCAGAGGUCUGUACCAGCUCACUUAUACAAUGCAGGUGUUCAUAUAUUCUUCUACUUUGGAUUAUAACGUGGGGCAGCUGCUGUGUUUAGAUAUUCUAAAGAUUAAGCUGGUAUGUUGUAUUAUUUGGCAUACUCAGUGGUUUUGCUGCUCAACGCAGCUCAAAAAUAAAGAAACAAGAAAUAAAGAGAGACUCACAGAAUAAUUGAUUGCUUGGUUAAGGGGGUUCUUGUCCAGAUUCUGCCUUGUGCCAUAUAUACGCAUACCAUCAUGUGUAUUCAUGUGGAGUAGUUACAUUUCUGGAAAAUAACUUGGGAUAAAUUUAUUAAAACGAAGUCUUCUGCAAAUUUGAAGAUAUAAUAUUUCAUUGGGAUCAUAAGAACCGAAGUAACAAUAUUUGAACAA